CAACUUCACUUCACUACUUCCUCCUCCUCUUCCUCUUCCUCCUUAUAUAUACCCCUAACCUCCAAACAAAUCUGCCAUAAACACAUAGAAACAUCAAAAAAACCAAAAGGAAAAAAAAAAAUCCAAGUAUGGAGUAUUAUUCUUCAUUCUUUCAUGACCGAAUUUCAGAAUUCUCUCCUGAAUCUUCCUCCUCGUUUGUUUCCCAGGAAAAUUUCUCAUCUCUAGACUCCUACACUCCCCAAAACCAAUUUCUUCCUUUCAAUGAAAAUGAUUCCGAGGAGAUGCUUCUCUAUGGGGUCUUAAAUGAAGCUCCGGUUGAGUUUCAGGAAGAUCAUGAGGUGAACUCGAAGGCAGCUGCUGAAGAGGAGGAGCCGGUUAGGGAAGUUUCUUACAGAGGGGUCAGGAAGCGGCCGUGGGGGAAGUAUGCGGCGGAGAUAAGGGACUCGACGAGGAAUGGAGUGAGGGUUUGGCUGGGAACGUUUGACACUGCGGAGGCUGCAGCUCUAGCUUACGACCAAGCCGCAUUAGCCAUGCGGGGUUCGAUGGCUGUACUGAAUUUUCCGGUGGAGAAGGUUCACCAGUCGCUUCAAGAAAUGAACUACGGGUUCGAGGAGGGAUGCUCACCUGUGCUGACCAUGAAACGAAGAUACUCCAUGAAGGGAAGGAAGGUGGGCAAGAAGAAGAAAAAGGAGGAGGAAGAGGCGGUGAGAAUGGAAAAUGUGGUGGUGUUGGAGGAUCUAGGAGCUGAGUAUUUGGAGGAGGUUCUGAGAAUCUCUGAGACAUCUUCUUAUCCUUGGUGAAGCCAAAAUCGAAGUUCGAUCAUCAGCACCGGCAGACACUUUCCCUUUCUGAUAAGAUACGGUGGAGAUUUCUGAAGACAACCUUUUUCUCUUUCUUGGAUAAUGCUUUUCUUUUUCUCUUUAUUAUUUUUUUUUUCUCCUGUUUUUUUUUUUGAACAAAUUUGCAAAGGGCGGGUUUCGAACCCAACCCGAAGAAGAGGAAUGCAUCGGGUGACUAUUGCCCACUAAACCGCAAGGUCAGGUGUUUUUCUCUUGUUUCUUUUAAAAAUAUUUUAUUCGUAAAUCUUUAAUUAUGGAUGGAAAGACUGUAGAUUUUUGGCUGUUGGGACCAGACAAAUGUAGAUUACCUAUGCCAUUUCACGGUCAACUUUGGAUGACUAAAUGAUUUUCUCCACU